GUGUUGGCGGUGGGCCUGGGCUCUUGGGCCUCGGCGCGCCCUCGGGCCCCGGGCGUGUUCCGGGACCGCCGCCAGUUCCAGGCCCUCCACCGAUGCAAGGCCUCCGACCAGGUCUGUGCGAGCCCCGGAGCCGAGGGCAGCACCGCUCGCUUUGUUGGCAUCUCAUUGCGAAGAGCUCUGCUGCGCACAGGGGCCUGCAGCUCCCACCCGGCGUCACCGCUCCGGUCCGGAUCGCAGCUGCGGAAAGAGCGUCUCUGCUUCCAGCUGUGCAGCUGUGCAGCUCGCUGCUAUUUAAGGGGAGCUUUCUGGGCCUGGGCGCGCCGGAGCUCCGACACCAGAGCGAAGAGAGAACAGGCCGCGCAGCUGUCGCAGCUCGAGUCGCCACGGCAGGACUCUGGGAUGUCCCAAUCCCUGGAGCAGAUGCGCGCAGAGGUGAACAGGGUGGAGCAGGUAUGCAAGCAGCAUGCAGCCGAAGCCAAAGCCUAUGUCGACAUCUGCGGACACCUUCGCGCGCGCGCACUCUGUGUGUGUCUCCUUGCUUUGGCUCACAGCGGCCCCGGGGCAGCGGGCAAGCAGCCAUGCAGUCUCGAGGGAGCGAAGCAAACCUGGUCUCAGCCGUGCGGGAAGCAGCUAGCGAGGUGUCUGGGAGCUCAGCGCCCUCUCGAUGCAGCAGCGCCGAGUGCUUACCAGCCUCUGCUCAAGGCUGCGCAGGAGAUCUUCUCGCGGCCUCGACGGCGACACCGCUCGCGCAGGGACGAGGGCCUGACGCUGGAGCAGCAGCAGAAGGCGGUACAGGAUGCCGCCUUCCAGCGCUACCUGGAUUCCUUGCGAGCCGAUGCGAAGAAGGCCGUGGUGGAGGCCAAGGCGUGGGAACAGACCGUGCAGGGUGGAAUGAAUGAUGAAGCAACGGAGCGCCUGCAGAAGAAGGACCUUUGUGCCAAGAACCAGGCGCAGGUCUUGGCACAGAUCGAGAACAACAAGGCGCGCCGUGCCGAGGCCCGGAGGGAGUACAUCGAGGCCGCCUCGUCGCACAGCUUCCCUCUCUUCACGGAGACCUUCAUUUCACUUCCCGAAGUGGAAGAGUACGAAAGGCAGCGCAAGGAACACUGGAGGAUGGAGCUGGACCAACAAAUGGCAACGAACAAGAUCUUGCAGAACCUGGAGCUGAAAAAACACCACGACAUGGCCUUGGCCUCCUACAAAGAGAACGUGAAGCGCACGACGAAGGCUCGGCGAGAGGAGCGGCAGAGGUUGGCCUCCCAAGGUCGGGAGCUGGUCGCCUCCUGGGAGAGGGACAUCCGCAUCAAGGACCUGAGACGCGCCAUGGAAGUGGGCAAGGACGUGGUGAAGGAGAUCGAGGACCCGGUUCUGCGGCGCGAUUGCGACUGCGAGCGCCAUUCCCCCCCUGUCUCACCCGACCCACAAGGUGUGGUGGCUCGGUUGAUCAAGUCUUCCGCGGCUUUGGUUGGAGCUAUACAGGCGCAGGAGCUUCCCACGAAUGUUCAGAUCUUGAAGGACCAGCUUGGCAGCAUGAAGAUUGGUGACUCCGUCGUCUUCAAAGUCGCACAGAAUCAGUUGGGCAUCCCUCAGGUUUCAUUUGCUCGGAAGUUGGAAGCGCUGACGCAGGAGCGGCAGAGGCUCAUGGAGGUGGAAGCACCGCUGCCGGCACCCGGCACUCCGGAGUCCGAUGUAGAGUACCUGGGAUUCGUCACCAGCUUCCAGCCUGAACUGGGCUUUGGCUUCUUGAGCUGCGCACAGACGCGGCAGCUCUAUGGCCAAGAGGUGGUGAUCCACCGGGAUCAGUUCACAGACCUGAAUGUGAGCGACGGCGUUCACUUCAAGGUGGCCCUGAAUGCCAAGCACCAGCCCAUCGCACGAAAAGUGCGCAAGGCUGGUGGCGACUCGCAGUCUCGAGUGCAGCCAGCAGCCGAGGGGCGCUCGGAGCGGUCGCGAUCCCGGAGUGCCUCCAUCUCGUCCCCGCGGAGGCGACUGGAGGCGCCGAACCGCACAAUGACUGAUCGGAACCCGACGCGAUAUGCGGCGUCGACGCAACUAGCUAGAGCCGCAGCCGACGGCGCGACCGGGACCGCAGGCGAUCCGGCAGCCGAAGGAGGUGAUGGUGAGACGCCAGCGACAGGGCCAGCCGCUGCUCGCGCGCAGCGGCUUGCCCCCUUGGGUGCGCCCAUGGAAGAGCGCCAGCCCUUGCAAGAGGGCCCUGGAGGGCGCGAGCCUGUCUACGGAGCGGCCGGAAGCGCUUCGAAGGGAGGGAAAGCCUGGGACAACGUCGCCUGGCUGGCCUUCCUGGUGCCCGUCUUCUUGGAGGCCUGCACCCUCCACUUCCCAAGGGCUCAGGCUCAGGAAGAAGGGUUAGUAGCACCUGCAGCAAGACUCUGGCAAAGGUACCGCCGUGAACGGCAGGUGCCGUGA